AUGGUGCGCUCUGUCCUCUGCCUCCUGACUGUGGCCCUGGCCUUUGUGCCUCUGCUCUCUGCAAGGAAAGAGAAACCUGGAGUCUGUCCCAAGCCCAGGGCACCCAUUGACCCAAUAGACAGAUGUAUGGAUUGGUGCUUCUCAGACGGUGAAUGUCGGGGAAACCUCAAGUGCUGCUUCGACGGCUGUAGACGUGUUUGUCUAAAGCCAAAAGCAGUGAACAACAUGGUGCGCUCUGUCCUCUGCCUCCUGACUGUGGCCCUGGCCUUUGUGCCUCUGCUCUCUGCUGUGGAAGAGAAACCUGGAGCCUGUCCCAAGCCCAGGACAGACAUUGACCCAACAGUUGUCAGAUGUCUGAGCGAGUGCUCCUCAGACAGUGAAUGUGAGGGAAACCUGAAGUGCUGCUUCAACGGCUGUGGACAUGUUUGUGAAGAGCCAAGAGUUGGACCUAACACCAAACCAGGAUCCUGCCCUGAUCCAAUCCCUUAUUUCAAGAAAUGUGAAGAGGCCUGCACUGAUGACAGUCAGUGUGAGAAGAACCUCAAAUGCUGCAACACCAGCUGUGGACUCCAGUGUUGGACCCCUGAAUAUGGCAACAGUCAAAAUAAACAAGAGUAA